AUGACGGCGAUUAUGAAGGACGAUUCCUAUAUCUAUGCACUUGUUUAUCCCCUCACAGUCGCUGCAAAGUCAGAAAAUUUAAGCCGCCAGCAGGCUGCAGGCCGUGUGCUUAAACACCUGUCAGAUCGCUACCCGACGCUGGUGCAGCAGGCAGCGUUGGUCAGCGAAGAGCUGGUUCGCGUGGCAAUCUUAUGGCAUGAACUCUGGCAUGAAGGACUUGAGGAAGCUAGCCGUCAGUACUUUGCAGAGAAAAACAUUCAGGGCAUGUUCAACGCACUUGAACCCCUACACAACAUAAUUGAAGAAGGACCGACGACUUUGAAGGAGCAAUCGUUUACUCAGGCUUACUACCCAGAUCUGAAAGAAGCCCACGACCGCUGCGAAAAGUACAAGCAAACUGGCAACGUGAAGGAGUUGACUCAGGCAUGGGACUUAUACUACCAUGUUUUUAGACGCAUUUCUAAACAGUUACCACAGCUAACGUCUCUGGAAUUGCAAUACGUAUCACCGAAACUGCUCAUGUGCCAGAAUUCAGAACUUGCCGUACCCGGCACGUACGACUCGAACCGACCGAUUGUACGAAUCAAGGCGAUUCAUUCGAGUCUUCAGAUCAUUACAUCGAAACAAAGACCCCGAAAAGUUUGCAUCAAGGGUGUGACAGGCAGUUUCGUUGUGCAGAAAAAAACGUUUAUUUUUGUUGCAGGCAGCGACGGCCAAGAUUACUGGUUCUUACUGAAAGGUCAUGAAGAUCCGCGCCAAGACGAACGGGUGAUGCAACUUUUUGGCUUAGUCAAUACGCUGCUGCUUGAAAAUCCGACGACAUGUCGGCGCAAUCUGACCAUUCAGCGCUAUUCGGUGAUACCUCUUAGCCAGAAUAGUGGACUUAUCGGGUGGGUACCGAAUUGUGAUACGAUACAUGCAUUGCUAAGGGAUUAUCGCGAAAAGAAGAAGAUUUUGCUUAACAUUGAACAUAAACUGAUGCAGCGGAUGGCGCCGGAUUACGACCACCUUACUUUGUUGCAAAAGGUGGAGGUUUUUGGCCACGCAUUGGAGCACACUACGGGCGACGAUUUGCAAAAGAUUCUGUGGCUGAAGUCGCCCAGUUCCGAAGUCUGGUUCGAUCGAAGGACGAACUACACGCGAUCGUUGGCGACGAUGUCGAUGGUCGGCUAUGUAUUGGGCCUGGGUGAUCGACAUCCGUCAAAUUUGAUGCUCGAACGGAUGAGCGGCAAAAUAGUGCAUAUCGACUUCGGUGAUUGUUUUGAAGUCGCAAUAAACCGAGAGAAAUUCCCCGAGAAAAUACCUUUUCGGCUGACUCGAAUGUUGGUGAAUGCAAUGGAGGUUACGGGUGUCGAAGGCAAUUUUCGAAUCACUUGCGAGCGGGUUCUUCACGUUCUUCGGGAAAACAAGGAGAGCGUAAUGGCUGUGUUGGAAGCAUUUGUCUAUGACCCACUCAUAAACUGGAGAUUGAUAGACCAUUCUCAGGCUGACGGGGCUACUGAAGAGAAACCAGCUUUACCUGAAAAUUUUAUGCAACCAGCGGAAGUGGUUAGUAAAAAAGCGUUGGAGAUUAUUCAGCGGAUAAGAGACAAACUGACAGGUAAGGAUUUUGCGAAUUUGUACGCUGAACCAAUCGACGUUUCUUCACAAGUAGAACUGCUUAUUGAACAAGCUGUCUCUCAUGAAAAUUUGUGUCAGUGUUACAUAGGCUGGUGUCCGUUUUGGUGA